CUUUCUCUUUUAUCCACUCUACUACGUCUUUCUGAACAAAUUUCUUAGUUUUUUUUUUUUUUUUCUUUCUCUUCUUCUUCUUCUUUACUUUGUAAAUUUUUUUACCCCAUUUUUCCUUUUUAUUUUUUUCAAUCUCCUCUGCCCUACUGUCACUUCUCUCCACUCUUUCAAUUCUCAUUUCCAUUUCUUCAACUUCUCUUCUUCCAUUCCUUUUUUAUUUUUUCAUUUUUUCCCCCAUUUUUUCUCCUUUGGACUUUUCCCCCCUCUUCACGUUUGGGGUUUAAUUGCCGGAAAUUAGUCGGGAUUUUGCUUUUUUUUCUUUUCCUUUUCUUACCUCUAUAAAUCUCGCUUUCCCUUUCAAUUUCUGGAUUUUCGGCUUCAUUUUCAAGGUUUUGGCUGUGAUCGGACCCUUUCAUUCUAAGAUCCGUUCUGGGUUGUUGGUCAAUUUUGAUCUGGUUAGUGUUUUAUUCAACAACGGGUUUGGAUCCGAUCGACGAAGAAACAGCGCCAUCCGAUGGCGCUGUUCAGACGGUUCUUUUACAGGAAGCCGCCGGAUCGGCUUCUUGAGAUCUCCGAGAGAGUCUAUGUGUUUGAUUGUUGCUUCUCCACGGAAGUGUUGGAAGAAGAAGAAUAUAAGGUCUACUUGGAUGGCAUUGUAGCACAGCUACAGAGUCACUUUCCUGAUGCGUCAUUCAUGGUUUUCAACUUCAGAGAAGGUGGUAGGCGGAGUCAAAUUUCUGAUGUACUGACUCAGUAUGACAUGACAGUUAUGGACUAUCCUCGGCAGUAUGAGGGGUGUCCUUUAUUGCCAUUGGAGAUGAUUCACCACUUCCUUCGAUCAAGUGAAAGCUGGUUGUCACUGGAAGGUCAACAGAAUGUGCUAUUGAUGCAUUGUGAAAGAGGAGGAUGGCCUGUUCUUGCAUUCAUGCUAGCUGGUCUUCUCUUGUACAGGAAACAAUACAGUGGGGAGCAGAAGACUCUUGAAAUGGUCUACAAGCAAGCUCCUAAGGAACUUCUCCAUCUUUUGUCUUCUUUAAAUCCUCAGCCUUCCCAGCUGAGAUAUCUUCAAUACAUUUCCAGGAGAAAUUUAGGUUCCGAUUGGCCUCCAUCAGAUACACCUCUAAUUUUGGAUUGUUUAAUACUAAGAGUUCUACCUCUUUUUGAUGGGGGAAAGGGAUGUAGGCCUGUUGUGCGUAUUUACGGUCAAGACCCCUCAGCACCGGCCAAUAGAACUUCAAAGCUUUUAUUUUCGACACCAAUCAAAAGAAAACAUAUCCGCAACUACCUACAGGCAGAGUGUAUGCUGGUGAAAAUUGAUAUUCAUUGCCAUGUUCAAGGGGACGUAGUUCUUGAAUGCAUCCAUAUGGAUGAAGAUCUAGUACACGAGGAGAUGAUGUUUCGAGUCAUGUUUCACACAGCAUUUGUUAGAUCAAACAUUAUGAUCCUGAACCGUGAUGAAGUUGAUGUUUUAUGGGAUGCGAGGGACCAGUAUCCCAAGGACUUCAGAGUUGAGGCGCUCUUUUUGGAUGCUGAUGCUGUUGUCCCCAAUCUCACCGCAUCCUUCGAUGAUGAAGAUGGAAAUGAAACUGGAGCUGCUUCUCCUGAAGAAUUUUUUGAGGUUGAAGAGAUCUUCAGUAAUGUAAUGGAUGGGCAGGAAGCAAAGGGAUCCAAUGAUCCUCACGUAGUCAAUCAUGUAAAUCGUAAAGAAGAAUGGAAGGAGGACUUCGACCCUCCUGCAUUCCAAGACUGUGCAUCUGACGAUGGAAAUCUUAAGCAUUAUAAAAAGUCUGAUUUUGAUGCAGUGAAGGACAUCACAGUGGAUGAUGUGAAGUACAAACUGGAUGAAAAUAUAUAUUCUGAACUUAAUGCAGUUAAGGACAUUGCUGUGGAUGAUGGAGAAAUGAAUUCGAAUUCCUUCUUGGUAGCUACUAAUGUCCCGACUCAUGUGAAAGUCCAGGGGUUGGUGGAUGAUGCAUAUGAAAAAUUUGAAGAUAUGGAAGAAAAGGAUGAUGGAAGAGAUACUUCACCCGAGAAAUUGGAAAACAAGGUUCUGCAGAAGAAGUUGAGUGCUGAUGGUUCUAGACAAAAAUCAGAAAAAUUGCAAACACCAAUUCCCAAGAAACAGCCUGUUUCAAGUGGAAAACCGACCAAUGAUAUGGGUUUAACCAAACAGAAAGUCAAACAACAAGAGACUCAAGGUUUCUCUGCAAAACAAGCAAAGCCAAAUGCAGUUUCUAGAUGGAUCCCUCCUAACAAAGGCUCUUAUAUGAAUUCUAUGCAUGUUUCCUAUCCACCCUCAAGAUAUAACAGUGCCCCAGCUGCUUUGGCAAGUAUUGCAUCAUCGAAGGAUGUAAAUGCAAAUUCCAAAACGAAGGCCACUGCCACCCUUGAUUCUCUGGUUUCUUCAGAUGUUUUUACUGAACGAAAAAACUAUAAAGUGGAUACUGUGAGGCCUUCUCACUCCGCACCUGGGAACCUCAUGCAUGGUCCAUCAUCUCCAGUUGAGUCAAUUGGUGAGACACCUUCUUCCUCUGAAAUUUUAAAACCUUCACAUAGUGAUGUACAACUUGAAGUACCACCACCGCCCCCCGUGCCCACAAAGCCUCCUCCACCUCCACCUCCACCUCCACCUCCACCUUCUCCCCCACCCACUUCAUUUCAUCAUAUAGGGACAACAUACUCUGCUCUUCCACUUUCUGUGUCUUUAGCACCACCACCCAUUUUUAACUCACCAAAGGCAGUGGAUACCCCUGCCCCUCCCCCUGCCCCUGCCCCUCCCCUACCCCUGCCCCUGCCCCUGUCCCUCCCCUUCCAUCCAGUAGGCAGAAUAGUGUUUUUCCCCAUUCUUCAACACAACCAUCAUGGGAGAAAAUAUAUUCUUCUGUUGAUACUGGUAAAGUGACUGGUUCUAUACCUCUACCCCUACCUUCCUCU